UGGCGAGCAUGGGCAUACCUCCAUUUCAUUGGCCGUAUCAGUUUCACUGGGCCAGGACAGGCCCUGAUAGCACACAGUAAUCUUCAGAGUUGGUCUACAACUCACACUUCUGAUUUAGCUUCUGUGUACACAUAAGGAAAAAGCGAAUAGCAAGAGAAAGCAAAUAUCGGAAUAAAUGUCAAAAUCUAGAAUAUUUGCGAAUGAUAUAAAGAAACUCAACGAGAACUUGGAAAAUCUACGAAUAUAAAGAUUAAACUUUUCAUAAACUAAAAUAUUAGAACGAAAUAAGACGGUGUAAUAGGAAGAAAUUCAUAAGACUAAAAUCGCUAUAUUAGAAUCAUGAAACAAGUAAAGUCAGACAGCAAGAAAUGUACCGGACCAGGUUUACUGUGUUUCUAGAUACAAUUGAAAUUUUGUAUUUGCAAAGAUGAUGGUGAUGGACUGACUUUUAUACUUAAAAAUAAUAAUAAAAGUUUGGCUUGUUUCGCAUGCUGCAGAGAACUGUAAAAUGGUUAAGGUAGUUUUUUCGACCAGCACACAGACACUCAGUGUACGGCUAACCCUCGCCCACAAGUGUGUGACCCUAUGUCUGCAGUGACCAGCUAAAGAACGAGACGAUGUACAUGAGUAAAGAUACAAGGAAAGAGACCACGGUCCAUCUAUCAGCGAUCCUCGGUGUAGUUCUUCUGUUCCUCGUGCCUGUGACCAACGCAAUGUGGUGGUUAUUGGGAAUGCCCACUACCUACCAAAGUACAUUGGAACUAAAACCCACAACUUACAAAAACUAUUGUAAAAAACUACACUACCUUGUGGACAAACAGCAAGAACUCUGUGGUCUUAGUUACAACGUUCUGAUGAUCGUUGGCCAUGGAGCCAAGAUGGGGAUUGAAGAGUGUCAGCACCAAUUCAGAAUGAGCAGAUGGAACUGUUCCACUUUCAAUGACACUCCCACUGUUUUUGGUGGGGUUUUAGACGUCAAAAGUCGGGAAAAGGCUUAUGUGUAUGCAAUAUCAUCGUCAGGAGUUGCUUACAGCAUUACCAGAGCUUGUAGAAUAGGGGAGUUGCCAGACUGCGGCUGUGACAACAGAAUCAGGUCACGAGAUACAAAAGGCCGAUGGAAGUGGGGCGGAUGCUCCGACGAUAUCAUGUUCGGAUCAAAGUUUAGCAAGGACUUUGUCGACUCUGGAGAAGAUCGAGAAACACAAGAAGGACUGAUGAACUUACACAAUAAUCGGGCCGGAAGGAGGUGAUGGCACACGACGAGACACAGAUUCGGCAUGGAAUGCUGUUUGCAUACAAGAAAGGAAACAACGCUUCUGUAGCCAUAAAGAAUAUCAAAGAAGUUUAUAGAAAUG